AUUUUAUUUUGUUAAAUGGGUAAUAAUAUGACAGUGAAUUGGAGUGAAUAAUUAAAACACUCAUUCGAGUUGUAUGAAACUAAUUCAAAGCAUAAUGUUCUUGGAAAUAUAGAUAUUUAUUAAUACAUACCAGACAUUAAAGUGAAAAUCUUCAGUACACAUAAUUAUUAAUAUUUCAAUAGGUAAAAUGACUUAUGUUCCUGAUAAAGAGUAUUUUCUAUAAAAAACUAAAUUGAAGCAUCCAAAUUUACUGAGAGCCUUGGCUUUAGAGAAAUCAUCAGGUACAUGUAGUGGAGACAAAGAUUUUUAUAAGGUUUACUAUGAUUAUCCAGGAAUCUGUACUUUAGAAUAGAUUAUAAGGGAGAAGUAAAAGAUUUUAUUGAAUAUAAAAUAGAUCCAAAAAAUUUACUGAAUCAGCAAUAUGGAAUAUAAUAUUUUAAGUAGUUGAUUGUGCAGAAUAUAUGUAAUCUCACUAUAAAACUAUUGGUAAUAUUAAUCCUUAAUCCAUUUAUGCAUUGAAUGACGGUGUAAAGUUAUUUGUAAAUUAAAUUAUUAUGAUAGGAAGUUAAUAAUAUAUUUAAUAUUGAAUCAUCUUACGAAUAAGCACUCAAAAACUAAAUUGCUAUAUUGUCACCUGAACAAAUUGAAUAACUCUAAAGAAAUAUACCAAUACCUUCAGUUAAUGGUUUCAAAAGUGAUGUUUUUGCAUUUGGAAUAGUUUUGCUUUGUUUAACUACUUUAAGUAGUUUUACUAAAUUUUAUACUUCUGAUCAAGAACUUAACAAGAAUCAAAUUUAUUAAGCUCUUUAAUAAACUAAAGCUCAGUAUUCUGAAUUACUUUUUGGUUUACUUUAGAAAAUGCUACUUGAGAAUCCCUCAGAAAGAUAAUCUUGGAUUGAUAUCAAGGUAAUCACAAUAUUUAUAAAUUAGAGUUUCAUUGAUCCAUUUAAGAUCUUAGAAGAAUAAAAUUAACCUUUUUAUUCCAAUCUUAAGUUAUGUCCUUAAAUUACAAAAAAAGUAAAUAAUUCUGUAAUAGAAUCUGUUUAAUAAAAUACCUAAACAUCAUAAAAUUAGGUUCCAAUAAUUAUUUCUCCAAAUACAACACCUAGAAUAAUUUAAACCUGUUAAUAAUAAGCAGUUAUUCCAACUCCAACAAUAAGUUAAACUUAUGUUCCUUCUUCUACUAUAAAUUUCAGAAAUUAAUCAAUUUAAUAAAUCUAACAGAGCUCAGAUUUUAGUUUGAUAUCUAGAGUUACACCAUAUUUUGGAAAUACAAACUCAAAUUAAAAUCCUCAUUAAGGAGUAAUAAAACUCAAUGAAAUAUCUAAAGCCCCCUCUGUUAUUUAAAAUUAUAAAUCAUAAAAUACAUUACCAACUCAUUCCAUACCACCUUAAUCAGCCGCUCCUUAAUCAAUGCCACCUUAAUCUAUGGCUCCUAAUUCAACUUUUGCUAAUACAUUUUAUAAUCCAUAAUCAGCCAGACCAAAAUGA